CCGCUGCUCGCAGUCCGGCGCAGAGGGGCCAAGGCACCGGUGCGCACAGGUGGAGAGAGACGCUCAGGAACCCGUCCUACUGCGCCAGUCUUCCGCCUGCUCACCUCCACAGAGUCGCUGCCACUUCCACCGUCACGAUGAGCUUGUACGGGUCCCAGCAGGGCCUCAACAUGAACCGCAGGUCCGGCUCCAAGGGCGACCUGGCCGGCGCGGGGAACUACACUUACGCACGGAGCGAGGUGGUGCACGGAGGCGGUAAUGGAUGCGACCCGUAUGGGGACGGAUGCAGAACCUUCACCUAUUCGAAGAGCACCAAAGGAGGCACCGGGGGCGGCAUGACGAGCGCCACCACGGGCCGGAUGGGGAGCGUGAUGAUGAGCGGAGUGGGGAGCGGCAUGGGGGGCGGCAUGGGAGGCGGCAUGAUGAGCAGCAAUGGAGGCGGCAUGAUGAGCAAUACCAUGAGCGGCAUGGGGAGCGGCAUGGGGAGCGGCAUGGGCAUGAUGAGCGGCACCAUGAGCGGAGUGGGGAGCGGCAUGGGAGGCGGCAUGGGAGGCGGCAUGAUGAGCGGCAUGGGAGGCGGCAUGAUGAGCGGCAUGGGAGGCGGCAUGAUGAGCGGCACCAUGAGCGGAGUGGGGAGCGGCAUGGGAGGCGGCAUGAUGAGCGGAAUGAGCAGCUCCAGCCACAGUGCCAUCCACCAGAGGGCCAUGACCCUGCAGGCCCAGUGCCAGGAGAACCUGAAGAACGCCGAAUACGCCCUUCAGGCUGGCGGCGCUCAGGGAGAAGUAGAGCGCUGCAUGAUGAUGGCCCAAGAGUCGAUCGAGCAGCUGAAGGUCUGCGCCAUGGACCUGAGACAAAUGGGACAACCCAACGACAACGUACUGAGGAGCUUGGAGCAGUGUAAGGACCAGCUGAAGGGCAUCCACAUGGUGAUGAGCGGCUCCAUGAAAAGGAGACGCAGCGCCAGGGGGAGCUCCGGAGGCUGGGAGGAGCCUGGGAGGAGCGUCACUGAUGCUUUCGCCUGGAUCGCACAGCAGAAGCGUCUGAUUGAAACGUCUCCUUGGGGCGACGACCAUGCCGCCAUCGAGCAGCAGAUCACCAACCACCAGAGGUUUCACAAAACCAUCCAGAAGAGCGUGGAGGUGGACCGAGCCCGAGACGACCUGAUGUCCAAAGGAGAUAAAGGGAAUCUUCACGCUCUGGAGCAGGAGUGGGACAGUCUCCAGCAAAUCUCGUAUGGUCGGACGCAGCAGCUGCAGGAUCUGCAGCAGAUCAUCCAGGAUAUCUCCAAAGAGAUCAUGUGGGUGAACGACAGGGAGGAGGAGGAGCUGGUGUUUGACUGGGGAGACAAGAACAUCGACCAGUACAUCCCAGAGAAGCAGGAGAGCUACUCGAAACUGAUGAGCGCCCUGGAGGAGAAAGAGAAGCACCUGAACAAACUGAAGACCAAAGUGGACGGGCUCCUGAAGAACAACCACCCGGCCUCAGACAAGAUCGAGGCGUACAAAGACACACUGCAGACUCAGUGGAGUUGGCUCCUUCAGAUUACUAAAUGCAUCGACACUCAUCUGAAGGAAAAUGCAGCUUACAGCCAGUUCUUCCGAGAGGCCAACGAGACGUACAGCGGCCUGCAGAAGGAGCAUGAGAGCGUUCGUAAGAAGUUCGCCUGUGACAAGAAGACGUCCCUGGAGAACCUGCAGGAGCUCCUCACGGGCCUGGAGAGGGAGAAGGAAAGGAUUAUGGAAAACAAGAGGCAGGUUCAACAUCUGGUCAGCAAGUCGAGGAGCAUCGUGAGACUGCAUCCCAGAAACCCAGAGGACAAGAGCAGCAGCGGCGUCAUCGUCAAGGCUCUGUGCGACUUCAAACAAGACCAGAAGGUGAUCCUGAAGGGCAAUGAGGCCAUCCUGAAGGACAACAGUCAGCGCAGCAAGUGGGACGUCACUGGCCCAGGAGGACUGGACAUGUUGGUGCCGUCUGUGUGUCUGAUCAUUCCACCGCCCAAUCCACUGAGCAUCAGCCUGGCCAGAAAGAACGAGCAGUACUACGAGGCCAUCCUGUCCAUCUGGAAUCAGCUGUACAUCAACGUGAAGAGUCUCAUCGCCUGGCAGUACUGUCUCAUUGACAUCAGACGCAUCAGCUCCCUCGACGUGACGCUCAUGUCCAAGAUGCGUCCUGACGAGUAUCGCCAAAUCAUCAAGAGUCUGGAGACUAAGUACGAGGAGUUCAAGCGAAGCUGCAAGGGCUCGCAGAUGUUUGCCGAAGAGGACAGGAAGGAAAUGGAGAACCACUUCAGCGGAGCCCAGAGCCGCUACGACCAGCUGGUGGUGCAGCUGCCUACUUACAUUGUUCGUCAGGGACAAGGAGGCGUGCAGCAAGCAUCCGCGCAGCAAGUAGCCGCGCAGCAAGCAGCCGCGCAACAAGCAGCCGCGCAACAAGCAGCCGCGCAACAAGCAGCCGCGCAACAAGCAGCCGAGUACGAGCGACAACAGCAGCUGCUUCUACUACAGCAGCAGGAACAAGCUGCGGCCGAAGCGGAGGAUCGGAGGCUGGAGGAAGAGUCCAGGAGGUUAGAAGAAGAACGACGGAGAGCGGAGCUGAAGAAACAGUCUGAGAGAAAAGCGGAAGCGAAGAAAGAACACGUGAUCAAGAAGGAUGUAGUGAAAGUGACCAGGUCGGAGGCGGGGAAGAGGAAGGUGGGGUCGUCCUCCUCAUCCUCCUCAUCCUCCUCAUCCUCCCGCAGCUUAUCAGAGCUGCAUACGCUCAGACUGAGGCUGGAGGCCGCUGAGGGAUCGCUGAGUCGCCACGUUCACAUCUGCCUCGGAGACGAUGGGGAGCACGACUGUGGCCUCAGGAUCUCACAGUUGGAGGGGGUGCAACGCGACAUAGACUCGAUGCUUGAGGAGUAUUUACGUCUGAAGGAGCACAUCCUGAAAGAGCUGGAGGGCAUGAGUGAUUCCGAUAAAGCCCAGUUCCUCCGCAGCGAGAUAAGCAUCUUCAACCAGAGACUGGGGAGCCUGGAGAGCAGCUCUUCAUCCUAUCUACAGAGGCUGCGGGCUCUAAGGGACAUGCUGGAGAGUGUGGCACGAGCUGAGGACAUAGUGAAAGUUCAUGAAGCGCGACUGACGGAGAAAGAGACCACUUCUCUGACGCAGAGCGAAGUGGAGGAUUACUCAUCGACCCUGAAGAGUAUUAAAGCCGAGUUGGAUCAGAAGCAGGAUGUUCUGACCUCCAUGGAGGCGGAGCUAUCCAAGGCGAGCCACUGGAACGGACAGGUGGGCGGCCCCCUCCAGAGGUGCGACCUGAUGCUGUCUAAAUACUCCGAGCAAGUGGGACUGCUGUCCGACCGCUGGAGACGAAUCCAGGGACAGCUCGACACCAGACUCCAGGAUCUGCAUCUGUAUCUGCCUCAGCUGCAACACUACAAGGAAAGCAGCUCCUCCUUCAGUGACUGGAUCGAUGUCACUCGGAAGAAGCAGGAGGCCCUGCAGGCCACCAAGAUCGAAAGCGUCGAAACACUGAAAGAGCACAUCGACAACCAGAAGGGGCUGAACUCAGAAAUCAGAGCCCGGAGGGAGACAUUAGACAGCGUGCUGAAGGACAACGAGGCCUGUGUGAACUCUGUCAAGGACUAUGAAGCAUAUCUCGCCUCUUACACAUCUGGUUUGGAGACUUUGCUCAACAUCCCGAUCAAGAGGACGAUGCUGAGGUCCCCAUCGAUGGAUCUCAAUCAGGAGGCCACGCAGCUGCAGACCCGUUACAUGGAGCUGUUUACGCUGUCUGGUGACUACUCCAGGUUCCUGGGAGAGUUGCUCAAAAACAAGGAGGAGCUCAAGAUCCGUGACACCAGGAUCGACGUGUUAGAGGAAAAGCUCCGCCUGCUGAACGACGAUAUCCUAGACGGCAACUCCAAGAACAAAUCCCUGGAAGACAGUGUCGCCCGCUACCAGCUGGAUCUGUCCAAUUCCCAGAACCAGCUGCUGUCGAUGGAGGAGGUGAAGCGGAACACGGCCAUGCAGUGCAACGCCACCAAGGACAGCCUGGAUAGCACUCAGGGCCAGUUGGCAGACCUCAACGAUCAGGUGUCACGACUCAACUACUUGCUCGAGGAAGAAAAGAGAAAGAGGAAGCUGGCAGAGGAGCGCUACACCCAGCAGCAGGAGGAGUUUGACUUGGUGCUGAGGAAGAGGCAGAAGGAGCUGGAGACGAUCAGCUGGUCCAAGGUGGAUGUGGAGAAGAGCGUGGUCACUAAGGAUCACGAGAUUGAGCAGCUGAGGAGGCAGCUGGCUGAUGAAGCAGCGAGGAUUAAGGAGCUACAGAAGGAGAUAUCAAAGACAGCCGCCUUGAUGCAGUCCACUCAGUCAAAGUACAGUGAGAUUGUAAAUGAGAGAGAUGAUCUGCUGCUGAAAUUCCAAUUGUCCGACAAGGACAAAGAUCGCUCCCGAACGCUGGAGGAUGAACUCAGUCGCAUCAAACUGUCCCUAGAUUCUGAGCAUCGUAAUAAACAACAUCUACAGGAUGAGAACGAGAGGGUUAAGAAGGAUUUAAGUUACUGGAAGGAGCAGUAUGAUAGCAAGCAUAGCCUGAUUAGGCAAUAUGACACAGACAAGGACCGUAUGGAGAGGGAAAGGAACUCUCAGAAAAGUGAGAUCGAGAGGCUGAUGCGAGAACUCAGGGAUCUUGAAGAUGCGUAUAAAGGUAAACUGUCAGCCAUGCAGAAAGAACUGCGAGAUGGGGCCAUCGUCAGAGAAACCAUGGUGACUGAACUGAAAAAAGCCCCCCCAACCUUGGAUGCUUCCAAUGUGGUUUUUGAUGGAGUCCGCAAGACAGUCACAGCAAGUCAGCUUCUCGACUGUGGUGUAUUAGACAAACCAACAUUUAACCAGCUGGUGAAGGGACAUAAGACCGUCCCCGAAGUGUCCGCCGACAAGAAAGUCAGUCUAAAAGGAACAGGGCCAAUUGCUGGAGUAGUUGUUGAAGGUCCAAAGGGUCCAGACUCCGUGGGUGGACUCCUCUACAAAAUGACUUUCACAGAGGCCAAGGCAGAGAAUCUCCUGCCACCAGAUAGUGUUGACCUGCUUCUGGAUGCUCAGGCUGCCACAGGCCACAUCAUUGACCCAAGAACAAAUCAGAAGCUGACAGUUGACGAGGCAUGCGAUCAAGGCGUAGUUGAUGAAGAGGACAGACAUAGGUUGUUAGCAGCAGAAGCUGCAGCUGUAGGGUAUAGCAGUCCUGGCACAAGCAAACCCCUUUCUGCAUUUCAGGCCAUGAAGAAAGGACUGAUUGACAAGAACACAUCACUACGUCUGCUGCAAGCCCAGGAGUCUGUGGGAGGCAUUCUAGAUCCCAUACUUAGUGUGUUCCUUCCCAAAGACACAGCCAUUGAGCGUGAUUUAAUUGAUGAUGACAUAUAUCGUGCAUUGAAUAAGAGGCCUGCUCUCUACCUGGACCCAGACAGUGAGGAGGGUGCAACUUAUAUGGCCAUGAAGAAGAGAUGUAAGGUAGAACUGCACACUGGCCUCCUGCUCCUUCCUGUCUCAGAUAAGGCAGACCUCUCCCGACUUGUCUUCGAUGGUGUUCGGAAACCUGUCACAGCCGCACAGCUGCUUGAUUGUGGUGUACUAGACAAGCCAACGUUUAAAGAUCUCGAAAAGGGCAAGAAAACUGUCCCAGAUGUGUCUGCAGACAAAAAUGUCAGUCUGAAGGGGACUGGACCCAUUGCUGGGGUUGUAGUUGGGAACCAAGGCAAGAUGUCAUUAUCAGAAGCUAAGAAACAAAUGCUUCUGCCUACCGAUUGUGCAGAUUUACUCCUGGAGGCCCAGGCUGCCACAGGCCACAUCAUUGACCCUAUGAACAACCAGAAGCUGACAGUCGAGGAGGCAUGCACCAGAGGGGUGGUGGAUAUUAAGGAUCGAGACAAAUUAUUGGCAGCAGAAGCCGCUGCUGUGGGAUACAAGGAUUCCAGCGGGGCCAAGCCUGUCUCUGUGUUUGAGGCCAUGAAGAAGGGACUAAUUGAUAGCGAUACUGGGCUACGCCUCCUGCAGGCCCAGGAGUCAGUGGGAGGAAUCCUAGAUCCCAAUUUCAGUGUGUUUCUACCUAAAGACACAGCUAUCAAGCGCAAGCUUUUAGAUGAAAACCUUCGUAAAGCUCUAAACAAGAAUCCUGCUUGUUACCUUGAUCCAGAAACUGAGCAGGAUGUCAGCUAUGGGGCAUUGAAGAAAAGAUGUAAGACAGAACCACACACAGGUCUGCUGCUUUUGCCAAUCACUGAGAAACUAGAUCCUUCGAAACUCAUCUUUGAAGGUGUACGUAAGCCAGUCUCAGCCCAGCAGUUGCUUGAUUGUGGAGUCCUGGACAAACCAACAUUCAACAAGCUAAUAAAGGGGGAGAAAACGGUCCCAGAGGUGUCUAAGGAUAAAAAGGUCUCCCUAAAAGGAAUAGGAUCAAUUGCUGGUGUGGCAGCAGGACCUUUAGGGAAAAUGUCUUUAUCCGAGGCCAAGAAACAGAUGCUCAUGCCCGCAGAUAGUGCAGAUAUGCUACUGGAUGCUCAGGCUGCCACAGGCCACAUCAUUGACCCCACAACCAAUCAGAAGCUCACAGUGGAGGAAGCAUGUGCCAAGGGAGUGGUGGACAACAGGGAUCGAGACAGACUGUUGGCAGCAGAAGCUGCUGCUGUGGGCUACCGGGAUCCGAGCACAGCUAAGCCUCUCUCAGUGUCUGAUGCAGUGAAGAAGGGAUUAAUUGACAAAAAGAAGCUACGACUCCUUCAGGCCCAGGAGUCUGGGGGAAUUCUAGAUCCCAACCUCAGUGUGUUCCUCCAAAGAAACAGCUAUUAAGCGCAAAUUUUGGAUGAAGAUCUCUGUUACGAGCUAAACCAGAGUCCUAAGUAUUAUAUCGAUCCUGACACUGAGCUUGAUGCCAGCUAUCAGGAAUUAAAGAAAAAAUCCAAAACAGAGUCUCACACAGGGCUGGUUCUUCUGCCAAUCACUGAGCGGAAGGACCCUUCCCAACUGAUGUUUGAAGGGGUCCGCAAGCCAGUCUCAGCCCAGCAGUUGUUUGAAUGUGGAGUCCUGGACAAACCAACAUUCAACAAGCUAAUAAAGGGGGAGAAAACGGUCCCAGAGGUGUCUAGGGAUAAAAAGGUCUUCCUAAAAGGAACAGGAUCAAUUGCUGGUGUGGCAGCAGGACCUUUAGGGAAAAUGUCUUUAUCAGAGGCCAAGAAACAGAUGCUCAUGCCCGCAGAUAGUGCAGAUAUGCUACUGGAUGCUCAGGCUGCCACAGGCCACAUCAUUGACCCCACAACCAAUCAGAAGCUCACAGUGGAGGAAGCAUGUGCCAAGGGAGUGGUGGACAACAGGGAUCGAGACAGACUGUUGGCAGCAGAAGCUGCUGCUGUGGGCUACCGGGAUCCGAGCACAGCUAAGCCUCUCUCAGUGUCUGAUGCAGUGAAGAAGGGACUAAUUGACAAAAAGACUGGGCUACGACUCCUUCAGGCCCAGGAGUCUGCAGGGGGAAUUCUAGAUCCCAACCUCAGUGUGUUCCUCCCUAAAGAAACAGCUAUUAAGCGCAAACUUUUGGAUGAAGAUCUCUGUUACGAGCUAAACCAGAGUCCUAAGUAUUAUAUUGAUCCUGACACUGAGCUUGAUGCCAGCUAUCAGGCAUUAAAGAAAAAAUCCAAAACAGAUUCUCACACAGGGCUGGUUCUUCUGCCAAUCACUGAGCGGAGGGACCCUUCCCGACUGAUGUUUGAAGGGGUCCGCAAGCCAGUCUCAGCCCAGCAGUUGUUUGAAUGUGGAGUCCUGGACAAACCAACUUUUAACCAGCUAGUGAAAGGGGAGAAAACUGUCCCAGAGGUGUCUGUGGAAAAGGUGGUCUACCUGAAGGGGACUGGACCAAUUGCUGGAGUGACCGCAGGGGGUCAAGGAAAAAUGUCAUUGUCAGAGGCGAAAAGACAAAAGAUUCUGCCUGAUGAAUGUGCAGAUUUGCUGUUGGAAGCUCAGGCCGCCACAGGCCACAUCUUUGACCCUAAAACUGAUCACAAGCUGACAGUAGAGGAUGCUUGUGCUAAAGGAGUGAUAGACAUGAGAGAUCGAGACAUAUUAUUGGCAGCAGAGGCGGCUGCUGUGGGAUACAAGGAUCCGAGCUCUGCCAAGCCUCUUUCAGUGUUUGAGGCCGUGAAGAAGGGACUAAUUGACAAGAAGACUGGAGUACGACUCCUUCAGGCCCAGGAGUCAGUUGGAGGAAUUCUAGAUCCCAAUCUAAGUGUGUUCCUGCCGAAAGACACAGCUAUCAAGCGCAACCUUUUGGAUCAAAAUCUCAGUCAAGUUCUAAAACAGAGUCCUGCUUGUUACCUUGACCCAGAAACUGGGAAUGAUGUCAGCUAUGGGACUCUGAAGGAAAGAUGCAAGACAGAGCCUCGCACAGGCCUACAACUCUUGCCAGUCACUGAAACUUGUGACCCCUCUAAAUUACUCUUUGAUGGCGUCCGUAAGACAGUCACAGCACAGCAGUUGCUUGAAUGUGGCGUGCUGGAUAAAAAGACAUUCCAACAACUAAUAAAAGGGGAGAAAACUGUCCCAGAGGUGUCUGUUGAUAAGAAAGUCUUUCUGAAGGGGACCGGGUCGAUUGCUGGUGUUGCAGCUGGACCUUUAGGGAAAAUGUCCUUUACAGAGGCAAAGAAAAAGAAUAUUAUGCCCUCUAACAUUGCUGACAUGCUACUUGUUGCCCAGGCAGCUACAGGCCACAUCCUUGACCCAAGAACUAAUCAGAAACUGUCAGUAAAAGAAGCGUGUGCCAGAGGAGUACUGGAUAAAGAGGAUGAAUCAAAGCUGUUUGCAGCUGAGGCUGCCGCCAUAGGUUACAAGGACCCGAACAGUACCAAGCUCCUAUCAGCAGGCCAGGCCAUGAGGAUGGGAUUGAUUGACAAGGACACAGCUCUACGUAUACUUCAGGCUCAACAGUCUGUAGGGGGUAUUUUGGACCCUACCCUCAGUAUAUUCCUACCCAAAGACAUUGCUAUGAAACGGGAUCUCAUAGAUGAAGACUUAUACCGGGCCCUGAAUCAAUCUCCUGAGUGCUAUCUGGAUCCAGAAACCCAAAAAGCAACUACCUAUGUAUCUCUGAAGAAAAAAUGUAAAGCUGAUCCAAGCUCAGGUCUUUUGAUGCUCCCUGAAUCUUUGAAACCAUUAACUGUGCAUGGGCUCAGGGGCGAGGUGUCAGUCAUGGAUCUGGUAGAUGCAGAUCUGCUGAAACAGUGUGAUGUGGACCAACUAAACAAGGGCAAAUUGACAAGCCAGGACAUCGAAGACCGCCUGCGCAUCUACCUGAGGGGCUCCAACUGCAUAGCAGGAAUUUAUGAUGAGGCCAGUGAUAAAGUGAUUCCCUUUUAUCAGGCCAUGAAAGAUGGACUGUUGCGACGUGGGACCACUCUGGAGCUGCUUGAGGCCCAGGCUGCCUCAGGUUUCGUCAUUGAUCCAAUCAACAACCUGUAUUUGACUGUUAAUGAAGCCUAUGAUAAAAAACUCUUUGGGCCAGAGUUCAAGGAGAAGCUGCUGUCAGCAGAGAGAGCUGUGACUGGUUACAAAAUGCCUGGUACAGAAGAUAUCCUCUCCCUCCUUCAGGCCAUAGAGAAAGGUAUAAUGGAGAGAGGUCACGGCAUCCGUCUACUAGAGGCCCAGAUCGCCAGUGGUGGUAUCAUUGAUCCUGCACACGGUCAUCGUAUUGACGUGGAUGUGGCCUAUAAGAAAGGUUACUUUGAUGAAAAAAUGAACAAGAUCCUGACUGAUGAGGAUGAUGACACCAAGGGUUUCUUUGACCCUAACACAGAGGAGAACCUCACCUAUCUGAGUCUUAAGAAACGCUGUAUCACAGAUAAGAAGACUGGCCUCAGCCUCCUGCCUAUCGUGGACAAGAGGACGUCGAGUCUGAAGAACACUCUGAGAAAGAGGAGAGUGGUAAUUGUGGAUCCAGAAACUAAUAAAGAAAUGACCAUACGUGAAGCUUACGACAAGGGGUAUAUUGACUAUGAGACCUUCCAAGAGCUCUCCGAGCAGGAGUGUGAGUGGGAGGAGGUCACCAUCACUGCUCCAGAUGGUUCUGUGCGCCUUGUCCUCAAUGACAGGAAGACUGGAAGACAAUAUGACAUCACUGAGCUGAUUGAAAAGCGAGUGAUUGACCAGUCAGUUCUAGAUCGGUACCGCUCACACAGCAUCACGCUCACAGAAUUUGCAGACAUCCUCUCAGAAAAGACCAAACAAGGAUCGUCAGCCUCAGCUACAUCUUCAUCAUUCACUUCAAGAGGAUCAGCAGCUUCAGGUUCAACGUCAGUGACAUCAUCAUCAGCUUCAAGAACAUUAACAUCAGGUUCAUCGUCAGUGAAAUCAUCAUCAGCUUCAAGAACAGCAGGAUCAGGUUCAUCGUCAGUGAAAUCCUCAUCAACUUCAAGAACAAUAACAUCAGGUUCACCGUCAAUGACAUCAUCAUCAGCUUCAAAAACAGCAGCAUCGGGUUCACAGUCAAUGACAUCAUCUUCAGCUUUAAGAACAGCAGGAUCAGGUUCAUCGUCAAUGACAUCAUCAUCAGCUUCAAGAACAGAAGCAUCAGGUCCAUUGUCUGUGACGUCAUCCUCAUCAUCGGUGGGAAUGAGACCCUCAUCACCUACUCUAGCCAAGAUGACCACAACAAGAACCACAACUGUCACUGAGCGAAGCUGCAGCAGUGCUGAUCUGGAAUCACCUGACUCCUCCAAGCAUUUAUCCAGCGUGUCCAUCACUCUGGCCUCUCCUGUUGAGGCAGUGGGUGAACAGGAACCCGUGGGUGCCAUCUUUGACACAGACACACUGGAGAAGAUAACCAUCGUGGAGGCUGUAAAUCGCGGCCUGCUGGAUUCGAUCACUGCCCAGAGACUGCUGGAAGCUCAAGCCUGCACUGGAGGAGUCGUGAAUCCCACAAAUGGCCGUAGGCUUAGCAUCCAAGAGGCCUCCAGGAUGGGCAUAAUAGAUGACAAAAUGGCAACUAGGCUAAAGGCUGCACAGAAAGCCUAUAUUGGCUAUGAUGAUGUAAAAAUCAAGAGGAAGAUGUCUGCUGCCGAGGCCAUGAAGGAGAGUUGGCUACCAUAUGAGGCAGGACAGAGGUUCCUGGAGUACCAGUUUGUAACAGGGGGGCUUUAUGACCCAGAAGAGGACUGCAGAAGAUCCUUGGAAGAAGCUUUGAAAAUGGGCUGGCUGGAUGGGAGAUCAGCCCAGAAGCUCCAGGACAUCAGACACCACACAAAGAAUCUGACCUGCCCCAAGAGCAAACUGAAGAUCUCUUACAUAGAGGCUCUGGAUAACUGCAUGGUGGAGGAUAGCACUGGCGUGAAGAUGCUCCAGGCAUCAUCUGUGUCUUCAAGAGGGAUCAGCAGUCCAUACAACUCCUCUAAUCCAGGGUCCACCACCGGCUCCAGGAGCGGCUCCCGCAGGGGCAGCGUGGACCUGGGCUCCUCCACCUCCUCACUGACGACUACCUACAGUCACACAAGCUACUCCAACUUCUAAAUCCAGAAAGGAAAAGAUCCUGUACAUGCAUGCUCUCUUCUUACAAAUGAGUAUUUUUAAUGUGGGAAAAAACAACUGGGUUACAGAGAGAAUUGUGUGUUGUACUUUUUGCAUAGUUUUAGAUGUUAGAUUGGUGUUGCUAAGCUUUUAAAGAUGAUAGUUCCAACGAUCACGUGAAUGAACUAAAUUCUGAAAACGGACUAAAGUAUUAAUACAAGUCAUCUUAAGGUAAUUGGAUUUGAAAUUAAUGUUAUGUUAUUAUAAAUGUUGGUGCCCCAAAAAUAGGCUUAGAAAGAAUGGCCAAACUCUUGCAUACACAUAUUUCAAAUAUAUUUUCAUAGAAUAUAACUGCUUUUUAAGCCUCGCAUUGGUAACAUACAUUAAGGGUGGUAACAUGUUUACAUGUGUUUGAUAUUAAAAUAUCCUGUUUUGUGUGAGGAGGGAUUCACGGUCGGGUUUUCAUAUAUUUGCUUAACUACUACAUUUUUUUUUAUUGAAUCAGUUAUUGGUCUCCUGCGAUUUAGAGCUUCCAGUUUUGUAACUAUCUCUCAGUAUCUUACAAUAAAAUUUAACCUUAUA